GGUUAUACACCUGACACCAACACUUCUUAAGAUGUCUGGAUUUUACAUGCUGACGGAGUUCCAUAGGUAUGGUUGCCUAGGGAAGAAGGGUUACAUUGCUGUGACUAGGAUGUUGGCAGAUGGGGAGAAUACAUGGAAUAGUGAGGGAGACCUGACGAGGUGGAGGCAUCCGAUGCCUCUCGAAUGGGCAGAGGAAGUGAUGGGUGGCUGUGAUUGUCUUGAAGACAGAAGGAUGAGGGACAUGUUUGUUGGGGCAGCUAUAAGAUAUAACGUCGAGACGUGCCAAAUGGUUUGGGUACCCAUGAUGACAAGCAGCGGGUUCAUGGUCCUGUACGGGUUUGACUUCGAGUGUGAGACCCUGCAUGUGUUUGAUCCGAAGAGGUGCACAGGUGGGAGGGAGCUUCUUGAAUCCAUCCACUUUGAUAUAUGUGACAAGUUGCUUCAGGGCAUGGCUGAUUGCAUAGAAUCUUGCUUCGAUGGUUGGGAAGUGGAUCAAUCGAAGUGGAAGUUUGUUUGCCAUGAAUAUCUAAACGAGCCCAUCGCAAGUGCCGAUGCAGUGUUGUAUGUGAUACACUACAUGAUGUACUUCGAUGGUGUGUGCGUUCGAAGGCCACUGCGGAAUGCUGACCUGUAUGGCAUGAAGCUGCGGUUGGCUAACAUGGUGCUGAACAUGCCUGGCAAUGUUGGGCACCCUCCUGAGAAUGUGAAAAAUCCAGAGGUCGAGGAUACGGCGACUAUGAGCUCGGGUGCAGAGCCGUUUGCAGCUUGAAGAAACUGAACUCCAGUAGUCAUGUUGCUUGAACUAGCAGCUGGUUUGCUAUAUUUGAGUUCCAUAAAUAAUCGCACUCUCUGUUCUACCAGUAUGUCUGUAAUAUGACCUAUAAUUUGGUUGUGACAAUAUCUAUCGACUUAUAUUAUGUGAUGGUGGUGUCUGUUGGUUGUUUGCCGAGACGGUCUAAAUGUUUCUUUUUUCAAGUAGCUUACUUUGCAAAUGCAGUUUGGACUAUGUGGCAUGUUGUAAUGCAAGGUUUGCGGAAAAGAUGCACCUGCACGGUG